UUUUUAACAGAUGACACAAAUAUGCCUCGAUUGUACAAACAAAUUACGCUGGGACAAUAUUUUGAACCUGAUUUCUUGUCACAAUCUUGCAAAGAUUUAUUACGUUCAAUGCUCACUGUUGACCCAAAGAAACGUGCAACUAUUCAACAAAUACUUGUCCAUCCAUGGCUUAAUUCCAAUUAUGAACAACAAAUUAAAUGGCAAAGUAUUUAUAAUCGAGAUGUUGUGGAUGAAGAAAUUAUUAGAGAAUUAGUUUGCUUUUUUAAAAUAAAUACCGAUGAUAUGAUCGCGCGAAUAAAACAGUGGCGCUUUGACUAUAUUUGUGCAACUUAUCUUAUUCUUUUACAAAGGAAGGAGCAAAAAAAGAACUUUGCUCUUCCUUUCUACGAUAAGAACUUCAAUUGCAAUUUUCCAUGCUCGCCAACUAUUCACUCUUCAUUGGAAAAUGAUUUGGAUUUAUCUGGCUUUGAAGAUAUUAUUAAAUUCUCUAAUUCCGAUGAGGCAAAUGAAAUUAUGACAGAGUUGAAAUCCUUGGCUCUACUUUCUCCACCUGUCUUCACAAAUACAAAACAAAUGCCUUCAAUUCCUUCCACAUUCUCUCCAUAUGAAGGUGGUAAACAAGGCCAAAAACUUGACGCUAAUUCCAUCACGCCACGUAAACCACAGCAACGUAAACCUUCUUAUGAGGCACCCACACAUCAUAGACCAGCACCUUCGAACAAAGGUGGUUGUAGUGUUUAUACAACACCUAGAAGAGGCGCUGUUGAAUUUCCUGGACCAAUUGUAGGAGGAUUUGCUUAUCGCCGUCCGAAUUCUGUGGAUAGACCGCCUUCCUUGAGAUUAGAGAAGAAUGACCCUGCUGAUGAAAAUUCUCCACCAAGUCUUCAUUUUAACAACAAUACCCAAAAGUCCGAAAGUUGUGAAAGAAGAUCGCGUAUUGAUAUGUGCCGAGUUUAUAACAGUUGUAAUAACAAUAGUAAACAGUUACAAAAUAACAAAUCACCGCAUCGGUUCCGCCAACGCGUGUUUUCGUCAUUAGAACGAAAAGCUGAUAAAAUGAUUAGUUUGCUAACUCCAAAGAAGAUUAAAUCAGAAGCUCCAACUAAACUUAAAUGUACAGAGCCAAUGGCUAACGUUUCGGUUACAUCGUCUAGUGAUCCAGUAAAAGUGCGUGAGGAAUUGUGGAAGGUACUUUGCAAUUUGGGAAUGAAUGCUACGCAGAAUGGAUGGAAGGUUAGUGGAUCUCGAAAAAAUUCAAAUAAUCCGAAAAAAGAUGCCACUGUCGAACUUGAAGUUGUUUCUAUUGAGGGUUUACAAUAUGUUGGUGUGAAACGCAGAAGAGUUCAUGGUGAACCAUUCACCUAUAAAAGAAUUUGCGAAGAAGUAAGUCUUCUAUAA